AUGUCGACAAUCGGAAAAGAGGAUAUUUACGAGUCUGACGGAGCUGCCAACCCAGUUCAGAAUCCUCAACCGGAGAAUGAUACUCCAAAUCAUCCAGAUAUCGAAUUGGUUUCUGUCGAUAUUGACGAGGCACUGAAGCAAUACAAAGGUCGUGUUCUCAACUUAUCUUCUAUCGAUUUCUCUGAUUCAAUCGCCAAGAAGCGCCGCCACGCCUUCGGAAACAACCAAUACGUUCUGGAAGUUGCUGGAGCUGGAUUCACAGGAAUCGAGACACCAGCCGAGAAAUUGAACCGUAUCCUCUACGAAAUCGCCGAUUUGAAUGAACAAAUUCGGACCGACGACACUGUGAAAACUGAUCUUCUCAAUGCUGAAGUUCUGGAGAAUCUAGAGAAAGAGGUGAAGACGUUGCAAGGAGUUCAAGCAAAUGGGAAGCCAACUGCUGUGAAUCACGAAGUGGAACUUCCAAAAGUUCGCUCGGAUUCAAAGGCAGCAGCUUUGGAGAAUAGACUGAGAAGAAUUGAGCAAGUAAUUGGAAGUUCUGUGAUCCCAUCGGCUCCAGUUCUGGAUACCAUUGAAGAUCUCAAAUUGAGAUGUGAGACUCUGAAUCAUUCAUACGUCUCCGGACUGGAACAACGUUUGAAUGUGAUGCUUACAAAAUUGGAGAAGAUCGAUGAGACUCGUGCCAACAAUGACAUCGAUGAAAACCUCGACAAGAAGGUUAACGAAAUUCUCGAAUUGAUGCAGAAAUGGGACGUCGCUUGUUCUUCUCUUCCCAGCAAUGUGAAUAAAGUCAAAGCACUGAAUCGCCUUCACGAGCAAGCACAAUAUUUCGCCGGUGGACUUUCUCAUUUGAAAACGAUUCGAGAGAAACUGGAAAAAGAGGUGGCACAAGGAAGAGAAGCUAUUAUUGAAUAUGAGACAAAUGGAAAGCAAGAAAUCGGAUCUGUCGUUGAAAAGCUGAAAAUUCUCGAGGCCAAGGUGGCAGAGUUGAAGUGA